AUGAUUUAUGGCAAAUUCACCACAAUACCACCGCAAGAGGAAGAUUGCACAGGCAAAGUAGUCAUCAUCACUGGCGGAAACGGCGGUAUUGCUGUCGAGGCAGCGCGACACUUUACCCAAUUCAACGCUGCCAGAGUAAUCCUCGCAUGUCGCAGUCUUGAAAAGGGCGAGCACGCAAAGAAAGAUAUCGAAGAGACAACAAGAAAACACAACGUCGUCGAGGUCUGGCACCUAGACCUCGCAUCGCAUGACAGUAUUCGCGAGUUUGCAGAUCGUGUCAAUAACUUAGACCGAGUAGAUGUCUUGAUCAACAAUGCAGGUCUUCUCGUCUUUAAGCGUGAGCUCAUCGAGGGUCAUGAGUCCAUGCUGAGCAUCAAUGUCAUCUCGACGGCUCUACUUACGCUUCUUGUUCUCCCUGCUUUAAGACAGACGUCGACCAGGUUUAACAUUAUUCCGCAUAUUGUGAUUGUGUCUUCUGAUGCUGCAUUUGAGGGUCGCCUUCCCGUAAGAGAGCCAAAUAUCAUCAAAGCUCUUGAUGAGCAGCCAAGCGUCCUUGAACACUACAACAAGACAAAGCUCGUUCAGCUCAUAUUCAUGACCCAGCUCGCCAAAGCUAUCGAAGCAUCUGGAAAAGGCUAUAUCAUCGUCAAUGGCGUACAUCCUGGCUUCUGUAGCACACCACUCUUCGACAACACACCCUGGCCAUUCAAUCUUAUAUUUAAAGGUCUCCUUGCACUUUUUGGACGAACUCCGGAGGUGGGAUCCCGCGCCUUGCUAGCUGGAGCGUUUGCAGAUGAAAGUUUGAACGGAAAGUUCAUGUCUAAUGGUGCUUUUCAUGAGCUGCCCAAGAUUAUGCAGGGAGACGAAGGAGAGAAGAUGUGUAGAAAGGUCUGGGAGGAGUUGAGUGGGAUUUUGGAGGAGAUUGAGCCUGGCGUAACAAAGAAAAUCUAA